GUAGCAUCAACAAGUGCAAGAAGCAAGUGAACUGUGUUGAAUUGAAGAGAAUCUCUCCAUAGCCUCUCCUGCGCAAAUCGUCCGUACAAGCAUUGGCUUAUCUCGAAGGAAACUACAACGUGAACAAAGAAAAGCUGAUUAUUUAAAGUAAGUUUAAGAUUUUCUUCAUCUUUUGUAUUGAUAUACGACUCCGUUAAUCUGGAUAAAGACUUUUGGAUUGGCUUAGUUUCUUCGCUGGCUUAUGCCGUAGAAUAUUCAGUGAAUUAACAUGCACAGUAUAGACUGCACUGCCUGUAAGAAACUUAUUCUAACUAAGAAAAUCUGAUUAAAAAUAAGAUUUUUCUUCUUCUAAUGUAUUGAUAUACGAUAUUUACUCUGGCAUAGUAAAGAUUUUUGACGUGAGCUCAUAAUUCAGCCCUUGUCGUCGUGCAUUCUAUUUGCGUGCUCUACACGAAUCUUAAAACUUUGGCAAAGGAAAUGAUUGAAUUAUAACGUAACCUGACUCAAAGAUAAAACCGAUGCUAUUCUUGUAAUGCACCGAUUUGCGAGUCCUGGUUGUGUGGCUAAAAUAUUUUGGGUUCGUUUUAUUGCGUUGGUCGUUGGUUGCUGUUCGUGAUUUCAUCUCACGUAGCAUGUGAAUUUUCAAACUUGUUUUUUUGGGAUUGUUUUCUAUUAGCUUUCCGAAGGUUUACACGGGAAGACACAAGGGAAUUUUGUCAGUGAAAUACAAACUCGGGUUCCUACACUUGUCUCAGCGAUUCUGCAAUGAUUUUUAGUGCUGUUAGAUAUAUCUGAAUCCAUUGUGUUUGAAUGUUUCGAUCUCUUCGACUUUGAAUUUAGGCGGUACAAGAAGAACAAUUAGCUGCCUUCCAUUUCAAAUUCAACAGUUUAAUCUAUCAUCAUUAUCGUUAUCAUGACAGUUUUUAUUCAAUAUACGGAGACGAUAUGUUUCUUACGAAGCCAUUGCAUUUUCUCACUUUCUUCCGAAGCCGGUUUACAACACAAACCAUAUAUGGUAGCUUUCUAGUAAAAACGUUAGCAAUGUUUUUGUUGGGUUUAAAAACUGAUAACGCGAAACUUUUACUCAAAAUAUUUACACUGCACCCGCUAUAAACAUGAAUAUACGCCUUAUAAAAUAUCAUAUCUAAAGAGACUAGAUUCGGCAGUCAAUCAAGCCUCGGCAAUGUUUUAUAUCCUUAGAUUUUAAGCCCUCUUAUACGAUCGAGUGAAACAAUGCCUAGAAGUAUAACGGUGUGGACAUAUAUAUAUAUAAGCUGCAUGUUUCUGUAAGAUGUUGAUCAUCAGAGAUUUUCAUAACAAAGGUUUAGUUAGAAAUAGCAAACGUUUUAAUUUAGGAGUCAUACAUUCUAAUACUCAAAAUCACAGUGCAUAUUGGGCCUAGCCAUUAGAGGGCAUCGAUUCCUUCCCGAAAUCACUGAAACUCUAAAACUGUAGUCUGUAUUACAUAAUCUACGACACCUAACGUUUCAGUCUGCAAGACUCCAAGUUUAUAAAGUACAUAUAUAUGUUAGGAAAAAGGAUUUUGUUGGCAUGAGUUGAAGUUAUCGCAAUCUUGUUGGUCGAAUUCUAAACUAUAGUUUGACAUGACAUUAUGUUUUCAUUUUUUAUUCAAACAAUGCGUGGGUCGUAAUGUACAUUGCCAUUGCAUUUUAUUUAUUUUGUACUGUACAAUAGCGAUAUAUGCGGCAUUCUAUCAGUAUAUAUGGGCGCGUUAUCGAAUAAUUCAAUUCGGUAUAGAAGUUAUAACUUUCACAGAGAGGUCAUUAGAUCAAUUAGAGCCCAUUGCCGUGGCAUUGGCAUUGCGAUCGAUGUUUAACUGAAUGAGACCUAGACUUCAAAUGACUAGUAUGACUUUCAAAUUACGAAGACUCUUAUAUACCUAGUUUAAACCUGGUAACAUAGCUAAACCGUAAAGUAUACAAUUAAAAGUAUCGAAAGUCUAAUAAAAUAUCGAAGCUUUUGUCCUUUAUAGGCUUCACGCAAUCACAUUUUAUCCUUAGCCUUAGGGGAAUUGCAACCGCGAACGUUAGUUCAAGACGCAAUUUUCAGUGUUAGAAAUAGAGUGAUAAGGAAGCACUGCGUUAGUUUAAGGGCGAAUAUCGCACAGUUCUUUAAACAAGCUUAAUCUAUACCAGCGCCGAGAGGUUUUAUCCCAGCUUCAGUUAUAGAUUAUAAAGCCUUCCCUUGAGAGGGUUUUUGUUCUCUAACAUUUGAAACCAUUUGUUCUGUUUUCAACCAAGAACAAAAAUCCAACAUACCUUGGAGAUUAGAAUAGUCCGCGGUAGUUUUUUUGGAAAUAGAUCUGAAAAUAGAUGAUAGAGAAAUUAGAUGAAAAAACUAUCAGCGAAAACCAUUUCCAGUUGAGUCUUGAAAGCAUUCUUCUCUUUGUAUCUGAGGAGAACGCCUCAUGUUUAACUCAACGUAGCACCGCAAAUAUUCUCCAGGUACUCAAUUUCUCCUGUGGUAACACUGUAACGAAAAAGGGCGGUUCUUACAGGAUCUCAAGGGAGGCGAGUUUAGAACUAAUACAGCUAUGCAGUAUAUAUAGCAUUAUAGCAAAGAAAGAUUACGACUUUAUUGCACUUAAUAUAGCAUGGAGUGUACAGACUAGGCAAAAUGAGGUUUUCUUUUGAAGUUCAGAGUGAGCUAUUCAAAAGGUGUACUUAAUCUUUUGUUUGGCUAUUGCUAGAUAUAGGGAAAUCUUCUUUGAGGAUUGUUAUAAUCUGGGCCAUCAAGUAAAUAGUUUGGUUCAUGAGGGACCAUACAGUCAUGCCGUGUUUAAAUAAAAAUCUGAUUGAGAAUUGAGAACAGGAAAAAACACAUAUUUGUUGUUACCGGUGGCAAGACAGGUCUCUUUGAUAUACAAUUUUAAGAAAUGUUUUUGUGCCAACGCCAAUUAAUGUUCUUAUUUAACGGCCGAUAGCCUUUUGGACUUCAGUUAUAGAAGAAUUAAAUUUACGAGUUGCCUACUGAGAAUUAUAUAUAUGAUAAUGCUGUUAGGUAUAAUUUUGUUAAAUUUAGUUUAGUUCGGUUCUGUGGCGGCAUUCCACUGUUGACGAAAGGCACUGUCUGAACAUAUAAAAGCACACGUAUUACAAGUUAAAGUCAAUAAAAUAUAGGCUUUCGAGCAGUUGCAUAUAAAAUACAAAGCUGUCGUGUUUCCGCGUGUAUAUAUGAUGAACUGAUUACAGACAUUUCGACGUUUUUAACCAAAGCUCUGGUAGCCAACAACUAUACUAUAGCUUGAUAAAAAAGAGCUUUGGUUUGUUUUGAUCUUUUCAGGCAGUUUGGUCGAAAAAAAAACCCAACUUUUUUUCAAACACUGGACCCCCUUUGAAGAGACUGACAGAUUGUGCAAUAUUUCCAGAAAACAUACAAUCCACAUGCAUGGCUACCGAGCCCAAGGGAUCGACAUCAUUAGAGCGCAUUAAUUGUUAAGGCUUUAAACUCAGGAAAGCCAAGCUCAAACGGUACAGGUGGCAAACCUAAUUAAAAUGAAGUCAGUUUUAUAACACUAUAAAUUGGUAUAUUGAACAGUGGGGUUAUAUUACCACUUAGAUGUACUAGCGUCAUUCCUUUCAAUGUGAAAACAAUUCCGAGAUAUAAUUGGACAAAAAAUGGGUUAAAUUGCAGGAGCAAAAUUCAAGAUUGUGAACAAUUAUAAAAAAAGAUAGCUAGUCACAGUUAACAACUGCAGUUAGUGCGAAAGAUAAACCAUUAAGAUCGGGUAUUAUGUAGGGUUAGCUACUAUUUAAACAGUGGUUAAAAAUAAUUACUCACAGUUUUAUACAACCGGCUCGAGAUCGUCUUCUUCAGAAAUGCUAAGCUAUCUCAUCGCUUAAUUAUUUUAGUUUGGUUCCAAAUACAAUAUAAAUGCUACAGACAUAUAAUGCAUACUGUAUAUUGUAAAGGCAGCUGUGUGAUGAAGCUAUUCUAGUGUGGCACCCACGAUAUUCUAGUCCAUUCUAUAGGCUAUUUACAGAGAGUAACAACACCCACACCAUAAGUUGAUGCUAUAUAUUGUUUCGUGAGUUUCUGUAUGCCAAGAAAGCUAACCAGGUCUUGAGGUCUGGCUUGCUUUCCCAGCCUGUCAUAUUCCCAUUCGGGGGUCUUCCGUGCAUGAGAACGAAAAUCGUCUGGACCCCACUGUAAAAAAUUCUGGUUAAAUUCCAGUGAAGAGUUUUGUCCUAUUCUGCGAUGUAUAAUGGACCACUAGGAAUGCAGAGUUAUUCAGCAUAAAAAAAUUAGUUUAUAGUUUAGAUUUUCUCUUGUAGUAACAACUUGACCAAAAACAGGUGACUUUUAUUGGACUUCGAGAAAGUAUUAACAGUUUAGAAUUGAUAGAGCUAUCUAUAGUCGCGAUAAACGUUCCAACACGACUAAAAUAAUUUGUGGCAGCAUUGCGGUUAAACGAGGUCGGAAACGAACACUACAGCACUAUUUAAUGUGGUGCAAUAAUACAAGGUUUCCUGAUCUUAGAACGGAUUUUAUCUACAAGCUUAACCAAAUGAAUGUAAAUAAAUCGAUGGUUUCGUUUUCUUAAUAUUAAUCAAGGCUUGUUUAUGUGGGACAUUAGUAGCUAAAUAUUCCUUUAAUGUCCUAAUUUAUUAGUUUGAUCUAUUGUAACAUGUAGCUAUUCUAAUUCUUAGUCUAGUCCCUCUGUAAAUUUAAUAUUUUUUUGCACACAGUAAAACCCCGCAUAUAUGCAUGAGAACCUAGAUUUUCCAAGUUAGCCUAAACAGGUUCUUUAGUUCAUAUGUAAAUGGUGCUUACUAGCAAAUUAGCUAAACAGGUCCUCACUAUAAGGUUCUUAUUUUCUUAAGAGAAAAGCGACUCAUCAGUAGGAAGGUAUGGUAAACGAUUAGUAUAUAAAUUAUGCACAAAUGUUCUAAAUAAUGACAGUAUAUAUGCACUAUACCAACCCCCUAUAUACAUUUUAAAGCUACACUGAUUGUAACUUAUGAGUUAAUUUUGAUUUUACAUUUGAUAAUAUAAGAAUCUGUUUUGAAAUUCUAGCCUGAAUAGGUUAUUAUUUAAAGGGGGUUUAAAUAAAGUAUUUUUACAGUUUUGUUAUAAAUAAUGAGUUGAGGGUCUCAUCAUUGUUGUCCUAUAGAUUUCUGCCAUCUAACUCAGUUUCCUGUUACCAAUCAAUUACCAUGAUUAUACACAUUAACAAGUAAUGCUGGCCCAUGUUUCAUUGCAUAUUUCCAUUGAUUAGAUUAUGCGAAUUAUUGAAAAUAAAUGAAACCUACAAGGAGGUGCUAAUUUUUCUUUUCAAAUUUGACAACACAGUUUCCUCAUGCUACGUCGAGUAGGAGGUGGUGUCGUCUCAUAUCUGUCGACAAAAGGAACUGAAUGACGGUGGCAAUUUUUCCUUGUUUCUAUUCCUGCCCUUGGGAGACCGUAAUUAUAACAAUGAAAAAUGAACAAUACAACGGUGAAUUUUGGAGUUAAUAAAGGUGUACCUUCUUGGUAAUGUUUAAAAAGGAUGGAGGAAAAUUAAAAUAAGAGUUUGGGUUAGUAUUAGGGUUAGUGUGGGGAUUAGGGUUAAUUAGGUGUGGGAUAAGAUUUAGUAUUGUUGCAAGUGGCUGGGGUCUUGAUUCUUUUACGUUUUAAUGAUCUUAAAAACUGGCGGCCAUCUUGAAAACCUCUAGUCCACCCCCUUAAGCCACGAUCGUGUUUUCUUCCAUGGAUCAAUUUUCCAGAUAUUUAAAAUGCAGUAAUCAAGUUGUUAAUUUAACCAGUAGUAGAUUGGCUGUUCGAUUCUGGGCCUAUAAUUAAAUUCUUCGCAACUGAUUCUGGUCGGUCUUCGUCUAUUAUUAUUCUAUGAUUUCUAUCAAAUGAGAUGCCAAAAGGCAAGUUCAAGUGAAAAUUAACAUAGGUCACCAACUGUGAAAUUUAUCAUUGAAUUAGCAAAUUUAUAAAAGAGUUUCAUUCUGUUGAGAUGAAAAUCUGGUUGUUGGAGUAUAUCCAGUUGGUUUACAUCAUAAAUGUCGAAAUGAUCAUAAAAAUAGGUACGCAUUGCGUACAUGGGUAAACCAACGGAAGUCGGAAUUUCAAAGCAUAUAUAUGGCUUUCCAGCAAAGUCACAAUUGUUUUAAAUCGUAAAUCGUAAAAUAAUACUCAACAUAAGAAUUUUUGGGAGAACUUGGUGUCGUGAGUAAAUCGAUACGCAUUAGACAAGAACGUCAUUCACCGGUUUUACAUUAAGUACCUUAGUGGUAAGGAUUAUGUCAGAUUGUGCAUCCCGUGUCAGUGAUGACCCCACACAAUGAACAUCAUUUUGUUUCGAAAUAUCUGUCAUGAAAUGUUGACGUUAGCCAAAAAAGAAGCUUAGAACGUGAUAGAACCAAGCACCAUUGCCUAAAACGAUGAUAUAUAUUUCGAAUGAAAUGCCAGCACAGUAGAUUGAAAUGUUUUGUCCCGAGGAUUAAUUCGGAUAAUGACGCCUAAUGUGUCGUCUUAGGGAUUAGGAAAUACUUUCCUGCAUUUACCAAUUCUGUUUGUUUUGUUUCAAAAAUCCUUUAAAUGAUUUGUCUUGUAUCAACUGACAAGAAGUUCAGUAUGACAGUUCCUGUGCAAUAAGUUUCAUCUAGUGUUCUGAGGCGCCAGAUGGUGUGAUCAACUUUCAACAAUUUUGACACUUAUGAGAGAGAGCAAAUAGUAUUAAACGUUGUAUUUACUAUCAAAUAAGGAGUAAUGGGGGGGGGAGAGGGAGGAGCCCCUUCAACAUUUUAAUCGUGGCAGAAACAAUCUUUGAAAGUAUAACAAAUGUUUGCCAAUUCAUUAAGAUUUGUCAUUGUUCUAUAAUCGAAAUACAGUUUUAUGUCUUAAUUAUUUCUAUUCAAAUUUUGAAGGUCAGACCGUUCAGAAUGGUAUUCUGUCUAAUGAGCUCUGGAGUGAUUGUAUUUCCUUGUCUUAAUAUGCUAAAACUAUAUAUUUUAUAACAUCACUUUAUAAAAUACUGGAAAUCGUGUGUUUCAAAACCCAUGCAAGAAUAGAAAAUUUUCAUGCGCCAAACUUGCCCUUCCUUGAAGAACCACGCUUGUAAGGUCAUGCAAUUACAUAUUAUGAGAAUAAUUCAUCACUAUAUGUCAAAUAACUGUCUAAUUUCCUUGUAAUUAAAGUUGAUCACGACUUAUGAAACCCACGUCCUAACCGAAACAAACUUAUUCUCAACAUUUGAUUAGAAUUUCAGCACCAAACAAGUUACAAGAUACUGUGCUAUAAAAAGUUAUGGUUUCUAUAAAAAAUUAUGUGAAGCAUUUAAUUUCUCCCUAUGCUCCAUCUAAAUACUGUUAUAUUCUGACAUACGAUUUUGGUUAUCCGGUUUCUGAAGUAACCGCGCAAACGAACCAAAAUAGGAUUCAGCCCACAUAUAUGUUUGAAAUCCUGCUGCAAAAUAACCAUGUACAGAGAUAAGCGCAUUAUCAAGAAAGUGCUAAAUUAGCAUAGUGUGCACGAUAUUCAAUAUCAUUGGAAAGAGGAACUAUGCCCAAGUUUAAGAACCUUAAGUUAUAAGACUUGAAACUAAUAUAUUUAUAAGCUUGCGCGAACAGGUUCGAUCCUGCCCCCUGUUGACGAAAAUUGUAAAGUGGAACAAAAAACUCUUUAUUUAUGACCAUUGUCAGUCAUAUACAUUUUGUAGUAAAUGCUUUACUUAUAUGACAAUUCUCACAUGAUACAUAUAGCAGAAACCGCUUAUACUUCGUGCUGCGAGUAAUUUCAAGAUCAUAUUGGUGACUUCAGGAUGACGUAUGGUGAUUAGCAAGUAAGGUCAGCAAAUCUGUGGAACGGCCUCUCAUCGCAAUACAAGAGUUAUACAUCAAUAUCUGUAUUUAGUUCCAGACUCCGCGUAAAAUGUAUAAAGAACGACUGCUAUCUUAUAGCCCUCAGUCCUGGCUGUUCUUAACAUUAAAAUAACCCAUGGUUUCCUAUUCAUGUAAUGUGUUUGGUCGAUGUAUAGUUAUUUAUUAGGAGUUAGGUGCCAAUUGGGACGCAAGUCCUGUUCCUGGCAGUAAAUAAACCAAUCUUGUUUGUAUGUAAAUGAAUUGUGACAAAUCAAAUUAGAUUAAUUAAAUUAACUUCAGAAAUGCUGACUCUUAAUUUAAGGCUGGUUAAUUACACCAUCGAAAGUCUCGAAAGUUUCUAUGAUCACAGGAGGAAUUUUGCAUAUAGGUAAGUUUUGAAAGAUUUUGUAUAAGAAAUGUUUGAGGGAAUUGACUCUGCUGUGUUAAACAAUGAGUGAGUUCCCUGAAAAAUUACUUACAAAUCCUUUAAAAUUUACCCAUGCAAAAAUCCUACUGUGAUCACAGAAACUUUGAUAGUGUAAGCAGACCUUUAUAGAAAUUUAAAGAAAAGAAAACCAAAUAUAUGUCUUUUAUCUAUGAAAAGGCUAAAUCCCUGCGCAUAUUUUCACCGAGCUGCCGGUAUUUGGAGGUGACUAGCGAGAAUUCUAGGUAUCACUUUAUUAAAUCUAGCGUGAUGACUACAUAACACCGUAGCACAUUGUGUUUUAUUACAAGAUUAUAGUAAUCUUGCGCGUUCUACCUUCCAGAUGUCACAGUAGUGAAAUUGACAUGACCUUUUGAAAUUGACACUGCGAGAUACGUUUAUGUACGCCGGCAAAUUGUCAUGCAUAUCAAACGAUGCAUGUGAUUGUGUUUAUCCUGAGCAAACAAAACUUAUCUCAGCGUGUGAGAGUUGGUCAGUUAGAAUGAAAGACAAAUUGACUCAUUGCUCCUCCCCAGAUUGAGUGGUGUACCCGAUUUAGAAUAUGAGAUACUUCGUUAAAUAUGCAAUGUUUACCUAACCAUCGAAGGUGAUAUAUACUAAGAAUAUAUUCAUAAAAGUCCAACGAGUUCAACACCGUGGCAAUUGAUACGCCAGGCGGAAAUCUUAGUUUAAAGAUAAAGAGCAGAGCCCAGCAAAUAACUUUAAAUCCAAACAUAUUAAUAAUCCAAACAUAAAAUUUUUCACUUUUAUUAUGUUUGGAUUUAAAGUUAUUUGCUGGGCUCUGCUCUUUAUCUUCAAUUAAACUGAGUUCAACACCGUCAAAUUCAGAAAUUUCUUUCAAAUUUCCUUCAGUAAUUGACAGAUUUAGAUCGAGGACGCGGACGUCAAAGACGGCGUGGAAAUGGCGUCAAAAUGGCGUGGCAUAUCCAUACAUGGGCACAACACGCCAUUUUCACGUCCUGGUUCCGCGACCUCGAUCUAAAUCUGUCUAUUGCUUCAUACACAAUUCUACAUCUCACAAGAGAGUUGGCGGAAUAGUUUAUAGCUGAAUUUCAAUGCUUCAUCAUAUGAGCCCACCUAAACCAUCUUAACCAGGAAACUCUCCACAGUGAGAUCUACAUGCCCUUUGUCACGCAUAUAAAAUUCAAUUUGUUCAUAAUGGAAACUUUAUUAAAUGUUUUUCUUUACAUACAUAUACAAUCGUAAAUCUCUCUCAUAAAGGUAACUUACGGUUGGCUAUUUGAAUCACAAUUAUACUAAACUAAAAUAACAGAACAAAGUGCAUGCAAUAUAUAUAUAUAUAUACAAUGAGAUAAGUCAAAUUGUUAGUAAAUCCGGAUUUUCCCAUUCCUUAUUUCGGCAACAAAAAAUGUAAUAUGUAGUUCUAAUAGCAAUAGUCAUCAUUUUCCUAACGCAGUACAUUUGGUGGGUUUUGUCAAGACCAAUACUAUCUAACAUGUCUAAAAAUGUAUAACAUUCUUCUGCAAAAAUACCUAAAGAGCUGAUGGAGAGGUUUAUAAAUUUAACUUGGUUAAAAUUUUUACCUAGCUGUCUCAAUAAUUCUCUAUAUUUAUCCUUCUUCCGUUUUACGUUGUUUUUGAGGUUUGUCUCAUAACCAGUGGUGAGUUCAACCACAUAUAAGGAACCAUUUGAGCACGAUAAUAACAAAUCUGGGCGAUACGUAUCACCAGUAAGUAUUGAAGGGCUUUUGAAUCCAUUUAGGUCGGCGUAGAGAGUAGAACCGUCAACAGUUUCUAACUGAUGAGCAAGAAAGUUCAGGACUGAAUUGUGUCUCCACGUAAAUCGGUCGAGAUAAAACUGACAUCCAGCUACUAUGUGUAGUAAUGUUUCAGGGCUAAGACAAAAAGAACAGUCUGAAUUUGAAGAUAUUGCCCAUCUGUUUAGGUUUUUACGCGUCGGAAGAGAGUUGUUAAUGUAACGAAUGGUAAAGUUGUAAAUGUUUUUCGGGAGCUUUGAUUGGGCGACGGACCACACCUUGCUAAGCUGAGGUAAAGCGAACUUCGUGACGCUGCAGAAAAAGGAUCCUUGACUGGUUAAUUGGUUUAGGAGUAAUAAUAAUAAUAAUAAUAAUAAUAUUAAUAACUUUAUUCAUAACAAAAUGCCAAUACUGGUACAUAAUGAAUACAUAACAUUGUAUAAAAAGUAUUAAAUCACAAAAUCGUUGACUAGUAUAUUAUAACUAAACAGGAUAUAUAAAAUACUGAAUUAUUUUAUAGUUGAGAAACGAGCCAGUCCAUCUCAGUCAAGUGGAAUAAAAUUUUCCAUGCACACAUCACUAUACUAGAACGAUAAUAUGCUUUAAAUUCCUACAUUUUCAUCGAACUGCUAGAAAUCAUAAUCCAAUAGACUUGGAUUUAGAUUUUAUCCAGGGGUACAUAAAGAUAUUUAUGCGCGAGGCAGCAAACUAUUCUUGACGUGUUGUGGUUAGGCUCCAACUAGAGUCCACUCGACCCAGCCUUUCGCGCGAUGUAUGUAUUGUCGAGUCUGUUCUAUGUAUGUUUUUUAUACGACCGGAUGUUCGAACAAGAUUUUGCAUUGCGCACGCAUGUUUCCGUGCAUGUGAUAAAGAAUAUCAAAUCCUUUUUCAAAUGCAUUGACGUGCUAGAAUUUUGUGUCUUCAUAGUUAAUUAUCGAAUACAUGAUUUGGAAACCUGUAUUUGGAAACCUGUACAUGAUUUAGAAUAUUAUUUAUAAAAGGUGUGUCUUGAUGCAGAAAUUAUAAUUAAUCUGUCCUUCCUUGUCAUAUGAAAGUCUAUUGUAUUUCGUAAUACUAGAAUUUUCCGUAAUAUAGUACUGUCUUCCGUAAUCAGUAGAACAAUUGGAUUUCCAAACCAUGUCCAUAUGUCAUUUACAUAGCAUCUCAAAUACUUAUGGAUAACCGAUUCUAGCUCCUUUAAUCGCUUAAGCUUUUAAACAGACAAAUGGUAAGUUCGGAAGAUUUUCGCUUUAUUCACACGGAAGCUCUAAAACAGACAUUCUGCAACUGUAACUAGUGUUUGUAUCAGUAUUGCCUAAAUCCACAUGCAAUAAAAUUUUUAUCAAAAUAUUGCUAUUUUGAUACAUGACAAUGAUAGCUUUAACAUGCAUGCCAGGAAACUGAUGGUGUCAGUCUGAUCAAGUGCAUUAUAUGUGGACAAUGUAGACUAUGCCCCGUUGGACUUCACAAUGAAUACAUACUCUUAAACAUUUCAGAUUUGCUUGAUUACAUUUAAUUAAUGCGGAGCAAUACGGUUUACUUGAUCUCAGAGCGGAUUUUAUCUAUAAGCUUAAACAAACAAAUAUAUCACUCGUUUCGCCUUUAAUAUUCAUGACUUGUUUUUGUAUGUUAUAUAAUGAGAGGCAAAUCUGUGGAGACAUUGGUAGCUAAGCUGAUCAAUUAUAUAUAAGUAUUUCUCUGUAAUUUAAAUACGUUUUAAAGUUUGUUUGUUUAAUAUUAAUAAUAAUAAUAUUAAUUUACAUUAUUUAUAUUUCAUGGUAUGAUAAUUAUAAUAUAAAGAUAGAGUUAAUAUAUUAAUUCUAAUUAUAAAAUGGUUCUAAAAUAUAUAUUUGUUUUUACAGUUUUUACAGAGUUUUACUAUUCCGGCUGACUGAAAUGCGCGGCACUAUGUAUAUAAUUAUAAUCUACUUAGUUAGUUUUAUCCAAUUGAAUGUAAGACGAUACAGGUUCGGGAAUCAAUAGCCACUAUUAAAGAUAAAAUGUUACUGAUCCACAGGAGGAAGGAGACAUUUUUAAUGUGCUUCAAGUAAACCAUCUGGCAAUCCUCUUUCAACUCUAAAAUGACUCUUAACCAACAUUAACCAGGCAUAUUUAGAAGUUACAAGCGAAACUGUACAGCCGUGAAAAAAUGAAUAUUCUAACAUACGACAACAUUCUGGGAACGAUGGCAUUGAUGUAAGGGUAUUCACGUAGUUGCGUGGCUUGGAAAACGGGAUUACGAAUGGAAUAUUUUGCGUCAAAUUCACAAAUUGCGCAAAAGUGGAGCGUUUCAAGGGCUGAGUUAGGCUUCCUUUUUCGUAUCUGCUAUCGGAUUACGUGUCAAUGUACGUCAGGAGUUUCCUUUGAUAGUUAAUGAUCAUGUCAGUCAACUUCUUGUGGAAUUGCAAGUGCUCACGUCUUAAUCAUAUGAGGAGUCUCUAUACUGAUCUAAGACCUUGUUCAAUUAAAGCUCUAUUACAGUUUUAAAUCUGGUAAUAACUUGCGUGCUGUUUGGACUGCGCCGCUUUCGAACGAGUUCGUGUUGAAGUUUACUUCCUCGAGAUGACAACUUUCAAUUUAUUGUCUUAUCAAUAUAUGUUGUUUAGGCACUCCUUGGACUAGACGAUUUUCAAAUGGCUGCAUUCCCGUUCAACAGAAUGGCGCCGUACCCAGUACACGGUAUUGGUCUUUCGCAUCCUAGCUAUGAGCUUAUGAGUCCGAUGUCAUCAGCAAUGGGUAAGUGCAUAAGCAUACAAUUUUAAUACCUUAUUUAUAUAAUGAAUAUAAUAUUCGUUAAAAGUAUAUACAUGCAACCCCCCACGAGUUAUUAAAACACGCUGUGUAGAAGUGCUUCGGUCCUUCCUGUCCUAAUCGGUAUAGUCUUUGUAUUAAAAUUGUCCUGGAUAUAGACGCAACGGGGUUUACUAAAAGUAAAGAAUGAAGCAGCGCUGUCUCUUGGGGUUGUGUAUACGUCAAUUAUAUAAUUAUGUACGAUUUCAAUCUUGCCUCCAGGGGAAGGUUGUAUAAGUAAGUUUCUUGUUGAAAAAUCAGUGUUUGUAGCAGUUUGUUAUAUAAGAGGUGUUAUAUAUAUUCAAACACCAGAUGGAUGGAUAAGCUUGACUUCACACUAACAAUGCCAACUGCAUAAAUUGUAUUCGCUUUCUAAUAGUGAACACAUAGUACUGGCGCUUUGCGCACCAGUAUAACCAGUCACCCAUAACAAUUCACAAACCCAGAAAAUGAUUAGAUACCAGUUUCUAUAUAUGUAUCCGAGAUAGCUACAGUAGAGAAUGUUGAAUUUACGUAUUACUCAAGCAUUGACAAAACCGUUUUAUCUUGACGCUUCAGUUUACAGAUUUGGGGUAUGCACGAAUUUUUUCAGUUAGAGGUGAUAAAAAUUCCAUUACUCCAUAGCUCAUUCUAAGAUCUGCACAAUACAAUCAAGCUCACUUGCCUAAACCGUGAAGGAUUUUGAACCCAUUUGCUUUUCUCUUGUAUUAAAUUGGAAAUAAACUUCAUUAAUAUUAAACAAUAAACAUACAUUUCGUUGAUGCAGUUUUGAAAAUAUAUUUGAAGUAUUAUAUGUCGUGAUUAUGCAAAACUUAAACUACAAACAGUUAGGAUUCUUGCAUUGCGCAUUCCGUGUUCGUUUCUGGGCUAAAAACCGCAUUGAUAUCAUUAUCAACUCAAAGACCUUUGCAGCAGAUUUUCGCUAGAUAUAAAAGACGAAUGAAUUGGAUGGCUUUGAGCAAAAUUAAAGUAACACUAUGUUCUGAGAUUGCUACGGCGCACAUAACACGCGUCAGGAUUAUCAGUGUUGUUUGGCUCAAUAGUUGUUAAUCCUCGUGUAAUUGUCCUUCACGGACAUGGUUUUGCGUUUGAACUAUCUGAAAAAUAGUCUUGGACGUUUCGAGCUGGCAAAGAUUAUUACUUCGUCAAGACGCUGUGCAUGAUUUUUUAUAACGCUAUAUUUUUCAGCUAGUUCAGAACUAGUCAAUCAUAAAAAUUUCAAUCACAACAGCAAAAUUGGUCCAAUGCGAUAAUUGGUUAGGAUAUUGCGUGGAUAAUUCUUGAUUAUACUAUGUUGCAAUUUGUUGGCAUUAAUAAGGAAAGUGUACACAUGAUAAGCGGGUUUUGAUCGACUGAUUUUACUUUUCUGUAUCUUGAACUAAAUGAAUACAAAGCAACAUUGCUGAUUCUUCGCAAUAAAUUAUAAUAUCAAUCGUUUAACAACGCGCAUUUCGCGCAAAAUGAUAAAUACAUGAAGCAACUAUAGCAAGCAUAAUCAUGUUUAUAUUAAUUUCGUGAGGUGGAGACAACAAUUGAUUUGUUGAAUUUUAUGAUUGCGUGAAACUGCAUAUGUAAACAAAACAAUUUCUGCUUCCGUCUUUAUUUAAUAAUACAAUAAUAAACUAAAAAAAUGCACGAAUUGCCAAAUCGUUCUUUCCAGAACGGAAAUUAAAAUAGGUAAAUGUUUCAACUAGAAUUCUCGACAGGCCAUCAAACGUUUGCUUUUGGUAUGGCUUAUAAUUCCUGUCCCGGCUUCGCCCUAGCUAGCAUAUGUGCAUAAGCACGUCUUUGUAUUCUCUUCUGGAAGUGACAACCAUGUUUGACUAAAAUAUUCAUUUGUCAAUCUAUGUAAACACAAGAUAAUAGGCUACAUGUUUGUAAAGGAGGCUUACACUCAAUUUUACAUGCUAAACGCGCGAAACAAGGUGAUUUAGACAUAUACUCUGACAAUUUCAUAGCUGUUUAAGCUGAGAUAAAAAAAUCAUGAGAGUUCAUGAGAGCUGGCAGUCACGCGAUCUUGGUUAGCUGUUCUUAAUGCUUUCCCAACGCUAUCAUGUAUUCUAUUUAAGUUUCAAACAUAUAUAGUUCAAAACAUAUGGUUCUAGAACUUGUAAUGUUCCCUGUAUCAAUGCGUCACUGCUAAGGAACCGUUCAUUAUUUUAAUAUGCCCGGUGUUGGUCCCGAAGAGAUAUGGGUUGGAUAAUCAAGUUUUUAACUAGCUCAUGGAUUGGGUAGAAAAAAUUACGGCUGUCUGUCAGCUAUAAAAUAAAACCAAAAUUACUAUGGCUAUGCAUUGGAAAAUAUGAAGAAAAAUGUGUACAAUACAUUCUGUACCAAAAUAGACCAUCACUGAUUGAGGAAGGACUCUAUCAUUGAUCAGCAGACACGUGAUUGCUUUGACACACUCAGUGAGUGUGAGUGAGCUUUUAGAAUUUUAGGCAACUUGAUUUCUGUCACCAUAAUAUUGUGUGUUUAAUUAUUAUGAAGUACAGUAACACAUGGGUUGGGUAAACAUUAUUUUGACCAAUGUUGAGGUUGGGUUAAUAAAUAAAAAAAUUACACUGUUUUUCCCAACCCCAGGUAUAAAUAAUGAACGGUCCCCAACUCUCGUCAACGCUCAUCCUUGUUUGACUGGAGCUGUAAUAAUUUGCAUUCGAGAAGGAAUUGAAAUUAGAAUAGAUUCACAAAAUGCGCGAAUCGCCGCAUUCUUGGUAUAUCGUGAGUUCCGUUUGAGAUAAUUUGUAGUGCCAGGAAAUGAGGUAGUUCAAGGGUAGAGAUAAAAUUUUAGCUGAUAGCUUCAAGGAAUAGAAGGUCCUUAAAUUUACGUUAAUCGUGUGAAUGUAGAUUUUGAGAUUUUGAAGGUAGCGCGUGGACAAGCGCUCGCGAUAACGUUGCGUUAUGUAUAUACCUCACAUCCAUUCACCAAAUUAUGAUCUUGGUACAUUUCAAAAUUUAAUCUCGUUUACACGUAUUUGUACUUUAAGAUUAAAAGAUUUGUCUUCAGAAUAUUUUAGUUAGUCUGGUUACGUUGCAGAAAUUAUAAGGAAAUAUCUUUGUCAGCAAAUGUAUUUGAGUUAAUCUUCUUAUUUGGGGAAAGCACCAUGUGCAUUGAUUUGGUAAAGAUUUCUACCUGCAGUCAAUCCAGAUCUUCAACAAUAUAAGGGGAUGUUUACAUAAUAAUCUUUAUUCCAAACAAAAUACCAUUAGAGGUAUAAAGAAUACAAACAAUUUACAAAACAUGAUUCCACUUUGCCGGGACGAGAUGUGAAACGAGAUAUAUUGAAAUAAGUCACGGUGCACGAUUUAGCAAAACUACAUUAUUUUCCUAGUGGCAGUACUAGUGAUAGAUCAUCGUAUAAUUGUGAAGAAAAGGUUGUUCAAGCAGCAAUAAUAAUCUUCUUGAACUACGAGAUCUAGUUCUUUUAACCGGCGUUUGAACUUUCGUGAGCCUGUAGCAUAGGGAUUUAUUUCGAUACAUCAAAAUCAUCUCGCCUUAAUUCCAUGCGUCCCGGCUAUCUGGGAUAAUGUAAACGAGCGCCUAUAUGACUAAGUUUAAUUUCAGAACUCAAUCCUCAAAUAUAAAAAACUAGUUUCAUAUCAGUAUUCUAAUAGAUACAUGCACUUUUAAACCUUGACACGUUUUUAUGAAGUUAAGCUUUAAGUAGAAAUGAAUAAAUAUACUCAGAGAAAUUUCUACACAUGGAAAAGAUAAACCUGAGACUGAGUUAUAGAUACACAUUUAACCACAGUGGCAAUAUUAUGCAAUGUACAUGUAUUUAAAUAACUAAGCCGCCAGCUUAUUGCAGCACGUUAAUAUUAUAGUGGGCACAACAUUUUUAGAACACGAAGAUGAUCUCUUCCUAAAAAUAUCCGGCUUGAGUUUUGAAUUGUAUGCAUUAAUGCUUCGUUUUGCGUCUUUCCUCCCAUAAUCCUAUGUAUAGUAUUAUUUGGCCUGCUUUGUUCAAAAUAAUGAUCAGUUUAACAACAAGUAUAUAGUUCAUAGUGGAUCUAUUCUCAUUUCAAUCUCUUCCAAUACAAAGAGUUUGGCAGUCACGCAUUACAGGGGAGAUUUCACAUUUCAAUCUUUUGUUUGGAAUAAAGAUUAUCAAAUAACUAUAUCAAACAUGAGAGCUGUAUAGAUCUUUCAAAUCCUGCUAUCAUCAAGCAAGUUCAGUUUGCGUGAUAUAACUAAACAACUAGGUUUGUUUAUUCAAGUGAUUAACAUAUUAUGACAAAUGUUUUAAAACUGUCGUUUUGGUAUUUUCAUUAACAUUUUUUAUUUGACAUGAAUAUUCUUGGCAGAAACACGACAAAAAUCCGUUGCGCAGGCAUAAUGACUUAGUUGAAAUGUCAUCUAUUUUACUCUGUAAGCCUGUUUGUUACUUACUAAUAUACUUAUACAUUGAUAAUAUUCGCACAGAGACAAUAUAUUAUCACUCUGACACUAUACGAUAUCUGCACUACAGGAAACCAACUGACGCGCGAAAUGCAAAUGAGAUAUUUUGCGCAAUUGUCUGUUUCAUCGUCCUCGCGACGCAACUCAAGUUUGCGCGCGUUCUUUAUUAAAUACUAAUUACCAUUAUUUGCGCAAUUCAUCAUAGGAAAAUGUAAUUAUAUUUUCAUUAUACGGUGUUUUAAGCUCGAUAAAUAGAUAAUAAUUCAAAUCCCUCCCAUCUUGUCAAUACCUCGCUUGUCGUUAGAUAACACAUUUUCUAAAUUAAAACCUUCUGUGUUAAAACAAUUAGGCUAAAAACUGAUCCGUUUUGUGCUUGCGCGCAUCCUUCCCAUGGCAAAACGAGAGGUUUAUCGCCUUAAAUCCUUCAUUUUAGCGGUUUAUAAAACAAUCCGCGUUUAAAGCGUUAUCGAUUUUGGAUACUCGUAGAGAUUCUAUAGUAAUAAAAUAUUAAAAUAUGCACUAUAUGCAUGUAUCCUAGCAUAUGCUCCUACACGUCGACGGAAGGCCUAGCUUGUACAGUACUAAUUGGAUCGACAAGGGAUGCCUCUCACUGGAUCUCUAGAGAGAACAGUUUGGAACGAACUGAAUGGACUGUAGUUAAAAGUUUAAUAUCUGUUUCGUUUAUAGGUCAUCCACCUCGAAAACAACGCAGAGAACGAACAACUUUCACGAAAGCACAACUUGAGAUUCUGGAUGAUUUAUUUUCCAAGACACGUUAUCCUGAUAUAUUUAUGCGCGAGGAAGUCGCUAUGAAGAUCAGCCUGCCAGAAUCAAGAGUACAGGUAGGCUAAACAUUGUAAUUUUAUAGAGAAAUAAUUGAAAUUGUAUGGUUUGGGAAUUGGGAAAUUGUUUUAGAUAAUAAUCUUAUCUAAGGCUAAGCUAAAUCGAAGAUUAUGCCAAAGGUUUUGCUUGGUUGUAGCACUGUACAAUCGAGUACAAUUAGAAGAUAAAUGUACAGUCAUUUACCAAAAUAAACUGAGUCCGCGUGCAGCCAUCUUAGCCGAAAUAACCUAUAUACUUUGUUAUAAAUUAUUUUGUCAGAGACAUAUAUUUUCUCUUUUGAUAUUCAAAACUUGGUGCAGGCAUUCUUGACAGUUUGGUAAAAAAAAUAAUUUGAGAUUGUGUCGAUAAAUAACUGCGGAAAACUUGGUCCAUUCCAUUUACUGUGUGUUUAUCAUUAUUUGCCCGAUAUAAAUAUUAGUUGAGGACAUUUAAUGGACACAUUGCUAGAUUUUGUGGUAGAAUUGUUCUAUUUUGUGGAACAUAAAUAAAUAAAUACAAGCAUCAAUAAAUAAAUUAAUGCACAUGGGUUUUCAACAAAACAAUUAUAAUGUCAUAUUAUCUUAACUGAAAUUUUGUAGACUUAUAUACGCAGUACCCGCAGAACCUAAAUUAAUUCAUGUGGUGUGUGGGUAAAAUUAAUCACUUCGUGGUCGUUAUGGCAUGCACUUUCGUUUGGCUCAUUUCCACUAUGCCUUUGGCCAUGGUACCGGGCAAUUUAGAUAACUUUAAGUGCAAAGGCCGGAUAUUUUUACUGCUUUACACUGAUGGCUUUCACAUCACAUAAAUCAUAAGCUCAGUAUAAGCUCAAUGGUAUAAAAUUAUGAAACUGAACUCUAAAUUUAUACAGCUAACAAAUUCAUGUAAGGAAUUUAAUAGACACCAAAGGCAGAGAAUGUAGUAUUUAUAUUAUUGCACAUAUUUAACAUACCAUCUCAGUGUUGUUGUUGUUCUUGGAGCAAUAACCAAAGUGGAAAUGAGCGAGUGGGGUGGGUGGGAACUCGUAUAUUUUCACAUCCAAGCCAUUAAUGAGAAGUGUUAAUGAUUUCCUCGGGGGUAAUUCAUGAAAUAUUUUACUCAUCCCACCUUCUUACUUAAAAAUGCAAAAAACAACAACAGGUCACGCAAAGUCAUUGAAAAAAAGUCCCACAAGAAAAAUUUGAUGAAUGCUUGUAAACACUAGGCAAACGGAAAGGGGAAAAGUGAUUUUUAAGAGCAUUUAUCUUCGGUUAUUUUUGUAAAAAUUUAAACUAACCUCAUUUGUGGUGGAGAGCUCCAUGAGAUCUAAAAUGUUUUGUCCUAUAGAGAACCAGUAAGGGCAUUCCUUGUUUUUCCAGUGCCCUUGCAGUAUAGGGAACUUACUGUAUCAAACUUACUCUAUAUGUCUCUUUGGCUUGUGGAAGACAACACAUAUACUGGCAUGUGUAAAUGUGCAAAAGAAAAUUGUACGACUAAUCUGUUUUAAAUCUUAUAUGGAUCAUUCUGAACCAAUAUUUUUACAAUUGAAAAUCUUGGAUAUCUACAAAAUUAAUGAUUAUCUAUGCAGCUUAUUCAUGUAUCGCUUCAAUUAUUGUCAAAAUUUGCCGGACUUUUAUAAUGAUUACUUCAAACAAAAUAACGAGCUAUACAACUAUAAUACUCGAAAUUCUACCAAGUUACAUGUGAGCUAUAAGAGAACAAACUAUCGCAAAUACACUGUAUUUAACAAAGGCGUUUCUAUAUGGAAUUGCCUUGAUGAAGAAAUUAAAAAUAUUAAAUCAUAUUUUUCUUUUAAGAAAACUGCAAAAUCCUAUUACUUGAUAUCAGUCUAGUUGAUGUAAAUAUUUCAGGAAUAUUAAUGACAGUAUUCUGUAAUGCACUAAAUAUUCCUUAAACAUCUUCCAUAUUUGUUUGUAAAUAGUUUGUGUUUUUCAUUGCAAAUUGUCCUUAUGUACAUAAUCUAUUUUUAUAUUACUGAACACUAAAACUAUAGGGGCCUCGUCUUAAAAGUCCAACAGGAUUUCCAGAGGUCUCUAGCCCGUUUAUUUAUUCUUAAAUAUUCAACUUGUAAAUAUUAUUUGUGGGUAAAUAAAACUAAUAAAAAUAUAUAUUAUUGCAAAGCUUAGUGUAUCAAGAUAACAUGGUCUGGAGCAAAAGUCAUUGUAUUAUGUUUUUGUCGGAGUUUAUGUUAAUUUGUGCACGGUGAUUGAACGUAUUGUAUUUUCGUAGAAUGAAGUAAUCGUCCAAUAGGGAUAGCUGAGAUGAAACGUGCAGCCACAAUAAGUAAUAUUUAAUGGAGUUGAGACAAAGGAUUUGUGCAUGGUGAUGUACAGUUCAACAUCAAACAAAGGUCUUCUAUUUUCUGGCUUUGAAGUUUGCCGGGCUUCUAGUCCAUCAUAUCUUGACAGACUAUGAUCUACAGUGCUAAUAAUAUAUUGGAUAGUUAUAUUAGUUCUAAACUGUUCUCCCUAAACUAGGUUCAGUGAGGUACAUUCCUUGAUGGUCCAGAAACCAGAAUAUAUGUAGAAAAUCUGCUGUGUGUUUGUUGAAAAUCACUACCCCGGCACCAACGAUUCUUAUAUGCAAAUAAUACAAAAAGACGAUCUAAUUGUUUCAACUCAAUUGUUUUCUAAAUAUGCAAACACAAAGGAUUUUUCAAUCUUAUCAAAUAUAUACAUUUAUCACUAAAAGCUGAAACAACAGUUCGUGUGAUUUUGAUAAGAAUUGAAGAGGUUUCCUUCCUGUGUCAAUAAAAUGCAGCAACGUCUGACGUAUUAAUUGAGUACAAGUGUUGAUAUAUUAUUGACAGAGAUGUGUACACCAUAUUAACCAGAUUUCUAUCCAGGAUUUAACUCCAACAUAAGCUUAAAAAAUUUGCUAAAAAAUUACAUUGACAACUGUAUAACUAGCAAAUCUAUCACUUUCCAAUAUGUCAUUGUUUUGAUUACCUUUUUUGGUGCAAAGUAAAAUUGGGUGACUGUAUGUAACUAAAAUAUAAAUUUCUACUAAUUUCAUUUUAUACAGUACAUUCAUGAGAACAGCUUAUUGAAUUUUGUAAAAAAAUCCUAUUCAAUCUAGAGUCAUUCAAAAAUUUGCCCUGCAUACAAUGUUAAUAAAGGAUUUUCCCUCGUGUAUUAGUGGCAUAAAGACUAGCCAAUACAACUUUUACAUUGACAUUUAGACAAGCUUUUAUGUUAAUCAAACUCUAUGUACAUUUAAGGGAAAUUGGGAUUACUGAGUUAUUGUACGAAAAAGAUCACUUUCCUUCUAAUCCUUUUUCACAACUUUCUCUAAUACAAUCCUUUCUUAACAUCCGUGAUUUUCACCCAUGUUAAACUUUGUUAAAACUAUAAUCCCUAAAGUAAACCUUGUAACCGGUUGACGAUACUUUAUAAAUUCCACUUUUGAUCAUAUAAAAUAGAUGAAGAAAGGUAAAGUUACACGAAAGCUCGUGACAAACACCAAUAAAAUUUGCCACACGUCUGUUUUGUGAUUAAUGCAGUUCAUCAUGGGAGAGCAAAAGAGAAUCCGGAUAUUUUAUAUGCUUUGAUCUCUGCAAAGAAGGAAGCAGGAUUAUAUCUUUUCGUUUAUUUAGCGUCCACCAGACACUUUCGUGCGUGUAUAAAUCCAACACAAUAAUACCCCUUGCAGACACGAAACGAUUCUCGACUUGACACGAAAUGAGAUUAAAGAUUUCCUUGGUUAAAUAAACUUGUAAAGGUCUAUAGAGUCUCAUCGAAUUAUUAUGGAAUUAGGACGAAACAGGAUUAAAGAUUUUCUUCGCUGAAUAAACGUAAUUGGAAAACCUAAUAUGCAAUCUCAGUGAAUUAUGCGGAGUAAUUCUUGACUUAUGAAACAAGAUUAACGAUUUCCUACAGCCUCAGUCGAGGUGGAAUUUAUAUAAAAGCAUGCAGGCUAGUUGUAGUAGUUUUAAUAAUUUUAAAAUAUCCCUCCCCCUCGCCCCUAACGCAGCACUUUCAAAAUCCUGUCAUAGAAAAUUUGGUUGUCGGCUCUAAUCUGCUAAUACCGGAUCUCUUAUAGGGAGAACAGUUUAGAACUGAUAAAUACGAAAAUGAAUCAUUAAAUCACCAAAUAAACAGUCCAUCGAAUUGGCGCACAUUUUUCGCACCUAAUAAGCUUAAAGGUUUUGGACUUUUUCGUAUUGUGAUAUGAGCUCAAAAGUAUUUAUAUUGCACAUUCUGAAGGACAUGCGACACUAAAAAUGGUUAAAUAAAUACAAACUCUAGGCAAGGGAGAAUUGCUGGGUGAUAAUUGACUUACGAGUAAUGAUAUGUGUUUUCCGUGAAAAAUGUAAUCUAUGUAAUUCAUUAAAAUAAUAAGAAACUAUAUUGUACAUAAAAUAAAAGAAUUUUUAAUCCUUGGAUGGCAAAACAUGCCAUCGAGAGCAUUUUCCCAUACAAAUCCUAUAAAAUCGAACCUCAUUCCUGCCAUAUUUUAUAUUAUAAGCUAAAACCUUGCACUUUCGAGGUACUCAUUCUAUUUCUGGGAUUAAUUUUAACACGGCUGGAAAAUGGUGUGAUAUGACCAAUUCCCAUAAAAGCCUCUUCUUUUCAUUGUGUUUAGUACUCUGUUUGGUGGUAAAUAAACAUAAUUUACAGUAGAAUCAAAUUGGGUUUGUUCCCUGCCAUGUUUACUGAAAUGAACCACGAAUUUAAACACACAUUUUUCACCGUUUAUUUGUUAGGUUUGGUUCAAAAACCGCAGAGCGAAAUGUCGUCAACAACAACAGAAUGCUGAUGGCAAGGCCAAGCCAAAGAAAAAGCCAGCUACACCCAAAGAAAGUGUCCCUAAAACAACCUCAACGUCACCUACUACCACCCCCUAUACCCAAUACCAAGCAUACCCCUCAAUGUGGGGAUCACCAAGUGAUCAAGCUAUCCGUGCUCCUGCUUAUCCCACGUCGGUCAUAGGUAACCCUAUGUGUAGCAGUUCGACCUCGAUGAUGAUACCGCAUUCCACUCCAGCUAGAUAUCACGCGGGCACACAAGAUCGUCCCGGCUAUGUUCCUAUGGGUGUGUAUAUUAAUCGUCCCAUGGCCCCAACCCCCCAGCACCCGCUCGAGUUUCAUGAGCCCCCAAUGCAGCAGUUACCGAUAUCAGUGGCCAACCAGCCAAACAAUGCACGAGUGUAAGAAGUACUUCACGAAAGGAAUGAAUUAUGGACUUAAAUUAUAAAUCUACAUCAAUGUCUUUGCAACAGCGAAAAUUGCAGAAAAAAGAUUCGAGAAUCGCGUAAAUGUUGCUAACUAAUCUUAUGCAUUGAUACAAUUUCCGAACGAAAAAAUAAUAGAAACAUUUCUUUGACUGGCGUGGCCGAAAUGGGAUAGUGCUUGUCAACAGUGAUGUAUAAAGACGGGCGAGGGGCAUGCAUCAUCCCCUCCCCUUCCCUUAUAGUUGCAUGCCAGGGGGUUUAACCCCCCUCCCCCAACCUGAAUGUAUUGAAAAUAUAAAGACUAUGCUGACGGUUAAGUGAUAAACUUUUUCAGCUAGACUUAAGUCAUUGGGAAGUGAUUUAUUAAUAGGAGUAGUAUGAAUUUGCUUGUAAAAUAUUAGGUGUUUGCAUAAUGUAGAUUGUAUAAAAUAGUAUAGACUUACUUUCAAAUUAAAGAAUGUAAAUUAAAGCCAAGUUAAAUAUUGAUUGUGCGAAAAGUCUGUGUGUAUUUUUGAAUAUAUCGGCGUUGAAACAAAGGGGCAAGUGACAAGAAAACCGCCAGUUUUCUCCAGCCCUCCCAUUCUCCCGCCUUAAUUUUCCUGCCCGCAAGUUCUUGCAACAACCUGCUAGCUUAGCACUAUUUUCCAUCCAGCAAAUUGACGUGACGUCAUUUUUGGAAGAUGGAAGAGGUGUUAAAUGGCAAUGUAACUGACCUCCUACUCUAACCUUUAACCUAACCCUACACAAGUUUGUUUCUAAACCAAUCUUGAAGAAAAACGUUUGACGAAAUGUCAUUGUGAGGUCAGCGAACUAACUUCUUCCAACAAAUAUUGCCAUUAUGCGAAUAAUUUGUCAAUUGUCACUUUGUGUGAGCCGCCAUCUUGAAUUUGUAAUAAAGUUCUUGUUCGUUUUGUAGUUCAACUUCAACUGAUAGUUUUAACCGAAUAUCUCAACUUUAGUUUACUAUUUCUUAAGCUCUUUAGUUUAGUAUGUAGUUGAAUAUAUUGAGUUUAUGUAGUGGGGUCAGAGGCCAUGUACGGCACAACACACUCACAAGGCAACAUCAUAAGAACGGUUGAACGGAAAAUGUAAAAAUAUUUUCGGUAGUAUUGCAGUGUCGUGCAUUGUCAAGCAAAUUAUAAACAGAA